AUGGAAAAGAGAAUGUUUAAAAGUAGCAGCCGCACAACGUAUAGAGCUACAGGAUCCUACGUUAAGGUAAAAUAUUAAAUAGAUAGACCUUAUUGCGCAAACUCAACGAAAAUAAAAUAUUGGUAAAAUUAUUAGCACCAUUCGUGAUUUUGGGGGAAAAAAUGUGCCAAAAUUGCACAAGAUACUAACUAAAUUGAAUUAAAUUCAAAAGUACAACUGUCAUGAUGUAAAUUUAAAUACUUUGAUUUUAGGUUGUAGUUAACAAUGACAUGACACUGAGAGAACUGCAAGAAGCUUGCUGUAAAGCUUUUCUGCAAAACGUUGAAGACUUGGACGAUGUUCUCAAAUCGUAUGACAUUGCGGUAAUAGAUGGAAAGUCUCCCAUCGUAUCAGAUCAUCAAAUAAGUCAUAAACGUAGGACGUUUGGGUUUUAUUGGAAGAAAAAGGUAUGGCCUCAUGCGUCAUUGUUUCUGGAAUUAUUGAUAAAAGGGUAACAAAGCAAUAGAGAUAUUGUUUAUCAAUAUCUGGUUAUUUAAUAGGCAAUUCCAGUUUUUAGUUUAUGCAUGCUGGCAGGGAUGGGAAGUAAGUUAUCUUAUUGCAGAUAUAAAAAAAAUAAAAAUAAAAAAAAUAGCAGAAAACUAAUAAAACUCCCGAAGCAUGGAAUUUGGCCACACAUUUUUCAAAAUAUGCCUCAUGUCUCUAAAACAACUGUAUAUGCACUCUUUGUAUAGGGGAAUAGUGAAGAUGACUGCGCAUUGCAAACAACAAAUGAGAGUACGAAUUCAUUGGCAAGUGCUCUUAAGGUAUAGAACAAUAUAUUAAGUGCAUAAAUUUUCGUAUACUAUAUCUGACUUGCUGGUAUAUGAUAUAUAUAUAUAUAUAUAUAUAUAUAUAUAUAUAUAUAUAUAUAUAUAUAUAUAUAUAUAUAAUUAUAUUAUGUAGGAAAGUUAUGGUCUGAUGCAAUUAAACUCCGGUGAAUGGCUGAAUGAGACGAAAACAAGGUAACAUAGCCCCCCACCAUUACGAGACGUAAUUAUUUGCCUGGAAAUGAAAUUUAAAGUCGUGACUUUAAAGAAACUUUAAAUGAUGUGAACUAUAUAAGACAUCCGGACAUAUAGCGUAAUUUAAAAUACGCCAUUUGACAACAUUUAUCGACUUUCAGUUUGUCGCAGUUAUAGAGCUAUUUAUAUGUAUACUUAAAAAAUUCAUUAAUAAUUCACGAGGAAAAUAGAAAAGAAAUGCGGAAUGUUUAAACAAUGUUUGUACAUCGGAUAGGGAUUUGUCCUGAUUUGCAUAAACUUCAGCUUUGAUUUUCUCGGCUUAGACAAUGUUUAUUUUCAAAAUUACUUUGCCAGUGAACUCAAAAGAUGCAGGGUCAUUCGGCUCGAGUUUGUAUAUCAGAUACAGAUCGGCUGCUCAUGUUUUAUCUAAUACAUAUAGAUCAUAUACAGAUCGGAUAAUUAAGGAAUCAUUAAUUAUUUUAAAUAUAUAAUAAUCAUGUUUUUCAUGCAUAUAUAGAUAUCAUUUAACAUUGGAAGGGAAGGAAAGAAGUGCAUUGGGUAUGUUAGAUUACAUUUAUAGCAUCAUAUAUCUGUAUAGUGUCAUAUGCGCACAACUGCACAAGUUUUUUCCGUUGAUAAUUUGUGUUAAUUCAAGUCACUAACAACAAGAUAUGUUUGUUCCAGGAACAGUGAGAUUCGUUUUUGAACGGCCCACGCAGUCCCAAUAUAGUACCAAGACAAGCUAUUUGUCCUGCACCUCCAUCAGCCAAUGCUUCUCUUCCGAAGAUAAAAAGAAAGUUAGUGACGAAUUUGGGACUACGACUGAUGCAACAUCGCUGCCCCCGCAAUAUGACCCGUGCACGUGGGGAUGGGAACUAACUGGAUUGGGUAUAAGUAAGUUAGAAAAAUAUUAUCAUCAUUACUAUUUCCUUCUUUAAAAUCGUAUACUUAAAAAUGAGCGUUAAAAUAUUCAUUAAAAGUAUGUGGAUAGUCUACAAUCUUGGCAAAAAUUAAUGAAACACCUAUAAAAAAAUCAAUAAAAUAGACAAAUCCCCUCCCCCUGCACAAUUUAGGACAUGUAGAGUUUAAAAAAUUGUGUACAUGCAAUGGUUCAUCGAUGGCAGAGAGCACUAUGUGUAGGUUUCUUGCUCAUCUUAAUCAACUGGAUGUUUCAUUAAUUUUUGCCAGGACUGAUUGUAGCUUCAGUAUAUUAUAUAUAAAGAAAAAAAUUCAGUUAAAAAGAAUAUAGUGCCUUUUAUUAUUCCACUUUCUUGCCAAUUUGCAGUAACGCCUGAUAAGGAAGAGAUCAACUUCAUUGAAAGAGAUCUAAAUGCCCAGGAGGAAUCCUUGGAUAUAAAGUUAUGUGGGAUAUCGUCAACUACUGGUAAGUGCAAUCGGUGUAAAUUAAUGCAAUGUUGGAACAAGUGCAUGCAUGUUAAAUGUCUUAAAUUUUGGUUGCCAUCGUUGCCAAAAUGGAUUAUAGGUAUUACAGACUGCAAUAUCGUUGAUCAAUGCGGCAGAAGUAGAUCGCAUGUACCAUGACAAUAAAUAAAUUGUUUUUUAUCAUCCUUUUAGAAACCCGCAGCUUGAUUGCUUAUGGGCCAGAUCUAAUAAUUGGAGUAGAUGGCGACAACAACCUGAUAAUUGGCUGCAUUUCCAACCAUCACUGCACUAUGGUAGUUGACUACGCUUGGUUUCGGGAUGGGGUGCCCAUUAAAGAGGGGCGGAAGGCUUCAUUUAUUAUUGUCCAAGAAAAAGGAAGCUUCCAAUGCAUUGUUAAAGUGAAUGACAGUACAGAAACCUCUACGGCCGUAAAAAUCGUCGAAGUCGCCGAUCCAAUAAAGGAAAGAGGGCAAAACGAAAACAGCGGUAAAUUCAUUAUCUUACGCGGCCGUCACAACAAACUGUAAUCUUACCUUGUUUAUUUGCUCUUAAGAUGGCUUCACACAAUUUCUUGCAAAGCGUUAGACACACGUUUCAGACCCAAAAUCUUGUACAUUGAUUAUUAGGUAGAAAAAUGAAACUAACAUGUAUGCUUUAUUAUAUGUGUAUAUAGCUUCCUAUGGUGUCAACUCUGAUGACAUCUGUAAGCAAGAGGUUGUUGGGCGUGGCCAAUUUGGCACAGUUUAUAAAGGGAAAUGGAGGGGAACGGACGUCGCCAUCAAAGCCAUUCAGUUACCCCCGGAGUAUCAGGACGGCUCCAACGAAAAAAUAAAGGAGUUGCAGAUCUGCAG